AUGUCAAGAAGACAAAACUGGGGUUGCUGGGUCGCAACUCAGUCAAUUUCAGAACAAUUAGUGGAAAGCUUUCUCGACGGGCUCGAGACCAGGGGAUCGAGACCAUUUUGUGAGAAAUCCGAGCCCUGUGGGCUGAAAUGCUGGCAAAUAAGUGUUGAGUCAAAGCUCAUUGGAGAAAUCAGAAUAUAUACAAGGACCUCUGAAUACUCCGACGAUGGUGACGAAAAUAACGUGUUCGAGGCAAGUUUUUUUUGUGAUGAUGAACGCCUUGGAACGGUGUUGCGGGACUGGAUUGCCCAGCAUAGCGAAACUUUUGUUGAAAAAGUGGGAUUUCAAAAUCAAUCAAUGAUGGCAAUCGCGGACUGCGUCCUUCAACAGAGUCUCAAAGAAGUACGGGUCUCUUAUGAGCCUCAAACAGAACAAAAUCAUUUGAAAAAGCUGGAAUUCGAUCUUGCAGAAAGAGACGUGCGCGCGCUGGUGAACAGUCCUGAAAACACCAAUCGGGCACUCUCGGAUUUCGUUCUUCCAUAUUUGCAUGCUCAAACCGGUAUACGAUGCGACACUCUGCCCAUAUCUGAGAUUAGGAUCCGAGAUCGUAUAGUUGUGACACCCAGAUCGCUCACCACACUCGACGGUGAUGGCAGUAUCUUGGCCACCGUCAUCGGAACGCUACUCGAGUUGUUCAAUGCACAGUACCAGCAGUGCACGAUCUCCGCACCCUGA